AUGGAGGUAAAGAGGAGUAGACUGCAAAAGACCAAAUGUUAUCCCUAUUCUCACUUUCCGUUCCGACAUUUUCAUUUGUCCAAAUCCUUAUUCUUACAGGAUUUCAAAUUCGUGAGUGCACGAGAAAAUAUAAUGUCGGCGAAGACAUCGAAGGUGUUGUCAUGGUACCAGUCGACAGCUGAUAAGAGGAUACUUCGCAGACACAAAAUUGGACCUCCUGAUGUUCAUCCGCAGGAACCUCGCCAAGAAGAGGACAAUCUCAGUAAUGAACGUCUUCGCAAAGGAUAUCAGGUAGCUGCAACUACAUUCGAGCAUGAUUCCCUGGUGUUCAACAGCAGAUCUGCGAAACUUGAUCGAUUGGAUGAAGCACAUGCAAAAUCGGCUGCUUUAUUGAAUUUGGUACUACAUCGAAAAGGUGAGAUAAAUGCUAACCUUGACAAAGAGAGGAGGAAGAACAGGGAGACUACGGGUGCACAAUUUGCAACUGCAAAAGCGAAGGAGCGUGCUGCCUGGUUCACAGACCUUGCCCGAGGGAAAGCACUUUCCCAACUAGCUAAAAAAGUUCCGACAAUUAAGCGUCGGGAGGAAGGACUAGAUUAUUUGUGUGACUACAGGAUACCAGCGUUUCGGGCGUUAUGGUACCUUAAGGUGACAGCUGCCCUUACGGGAAGCCCUAGUACAGCUAAACAAAAGAAAUCUAUAAGUGAUUUGUUUUCUGCAGAAUACAAAGACAUAUUUGUGAAAGCCAUCAAGGAACUAACCACUCGAAUGUGGGACGUAAACGAUCUAUCGACGUGUCCUAUUUAUAAGGACCGUUGGCUUUACAUAUCCAAUUUGAGCAAAUGCGCGUUUGAGGAUGGCGUGAUUGAACGGCAAGACUUUCUGAAUGAACUGUGCGAUAUAUUCUCUGAUUAUUUCGUUAGGAGAAUCAAAAACGAAGAGAAAUUACCUCAGUUAAGGAUAUACCUUCUAUUCCUUGCUCAAUUUUUGCGUCAUAUUAAUAACAACCUCAUUCUUGCGCGUCGUCUCGCUCAUAUGAUCGCUAUGAAACUGCGUUUGUACAAAAUGGAGUACGAUGAACAAAACAAUACUGUUAGCAAGGGAUCGGAAGCAUUCACAGCGUUGAUUAAAUGUUCGGCUUUGCGGCCUGUUAUUCAUGUUCUUUCCGCGGUUCUACAAAAUAUUGUUAUCGAUGCCCCAGCUGCUGUAAUAUGGAAUAAAUUUAAGGUUUCAACAACGGACAAACUUCCCUUCAUUUUAUCGCAGUUGUGUGGUUCUCCCCUAGAUCUUCUACCUUGUCCUGUGCACGAAUUACCCCUACCUCCAGGUAGAGAGUCUGAAAGAUUUGUGGAACUUCUAAAAUUCCGGACGACAGAAAUUGUGCGCCGAAGUCAGGCUGUAGAGGAUAAGUGGUCUUUCAACCAAAAGGAACAAUUCGCAUUCGCUAAAUUAGUGAAUGGAUGCCUCAAUGUAAUUGGCAUUUUGGAUUCGAUGGAUGUCCUUGAGCCAAAUAUUCUCCCAGCUGUGGCAACGAGAAUCUUCAAUUUUAGAUCUGAAAAUUGGGCUGAAGAGGUCCUGAUAAGGAUAAAAUUAAUGUUGCAUUGGGCCGUUACUGCUGAACGUGAAGGUAGUCAUAGAGCAAUUAUCGUAACUAAACUCAUUUAUCAACAAGUAUUGAAUCAACAGUCCUAUAUGUUUGGGCCUUUUCACGUGCAAGACAUAAUUUUGAAUUACUUUUAUACCGAAGCUCCCACGCAUGGUUCGAAGUAUUACCACCAGGAGUUUGCGUCAUUAGUCACUUUAUUCAUUGAGCUUUCACGAUUCAAGCUAUUUGUUCACGACUGUUUUGUCAAGGAACUUAUCAAAUCUGGUGAACUUAGCUAUCAGCGUCCGGUCAUGAAUAAAUUUAAGAGUGAGACCAUACACGCUGAUGCUAUAUCUUCUUCUCUGAUAUCUGCUCAGUUUGAGGAUCUAACGCCGGAGGAACCUCCUAAGCCGACUGGGUUAAUAACUUUCAAACAAGUGGAGAAAGAUGAACCUGUUUAUCUAAAUGACACUAUGUCUGUAAAUGAUCGAAUUCUAAUUCAGAUGCCUCUUCGUCAAACAGAGGAACAUCGGAGUGAGGCAAAUCAGAGGGCGCUUGUGCUGUAUGGUAUGGAUCAUGCGCGUGAAAAUCACAAGUCUGAAAUGAAGAAGAUUGCAAAAGAAAUAUGCAAGAUUUGGCAGAAGAAAAUAUAUGUGCAGUUUACUGAAGGUAACGAAGCACCGUUUUGGAAGCAAUCCAUCAAUUCUCAAAGAAUCCUGGAAAUUCUUGCGAGAUUCAGGAGCCAGACAUACUACGAUCAAAUGAUGAUCUGUGGCUGGUGUGCGGAAUCCUUUUCUGAUAUGAUCCGUGAUUUCGUAUUGGGUCACUCACUCCAGAUGCCUACCUCUGAGGGGCUUGACAUCAUUUGUGGCAUGUUUGAGUCAGCUCAAUACAUCUAUGGAAUAUUCGAACUUUGUGAAGCAGUGACUCCGUUACUACCUUGUGCUGAGAAAGUGAUUCGCUCUUUGGCUGCAGAUGUGAUACCAGGAAGUUUGUCAGGCCAGUUGGGAUAUGUAUUUGUUGCCUACAUCUGCACUCAUUGGCAUUACUUCCUGCAUUCGGAUCUUGCUCCAACCAUCACCAAUCAAUUGUAUGAGCUCAUCGAACGGAUGAUCCGAGCACACGAAUAUCCUAUGACCAGUUGGGGUCGAACUAUCGCAGCAUUUGUUUAUCACUCGAAGAGUCAGUUGAAAAAGAGUCAAUUUUCUGACAUCAAACUACACGGAACUCGUGAUGAUUUUCGUCACGUUUUUAAUCAUGGCAGCUCUUCAUAUAACGGAGGAAGCAGAUAUAAUGCGUUGUUCUUUAAGGACGUGUUUGAAAAAAAAUUGAGAUUUUUCUCUUAUCACGAAUACAAGAAACGACUUCCAUCGUUUGGGCAGCUUUACAAUCGUUACUCGUUUGUCAUAAACUCUUUCAUUGCCGCUAAGAAUUUCUUACGUGAUCAUGAUCGGUUAUCUGACUUGGCUGCUUUCUGCGGCCACAUUUCCGCUCAGAUACCUGCACUAGCGGACGAAUGGGUUGCUGCCAUAAAGGCGCUUUGCUGCACGAGUGUGAGCCAGCAUACAGGAUAUGGCGAGCUGAUUGCGUACAUUGAUAUUAAUGAUUGCUCGACGCAUUAUCCUAUAGCAACAUUUAUAAUGCUGCUUGCGGGGAAAUACGCAUUCAGCGUUCCACGACUAGUAACUGAAUUGCUUAAUAAUGCUUUUCCUGUUAUCAUGAAAAGGGAACAUAGUUCUUUCGUUUCCGGGAGAUAUAAUUUAAUCGGAAGAGGCGAAUAUGACUGUGAGCCUGGGGCUUGCUUGACGCUCCUUAUCCUUGUUCAAAUCAGCUGUGCUUCAGAUGAACCUUUUCACAUAUCCGAACAUUAUGUGGGCGGAACUCCAAGGACUAAACUGUUGGCCAAAUGCGCGGACGAGCUGAUACUCUCCAUGAUUCAUUGGUGUGAGAUGGAUAAUGUGCUUUUUCCUAUGCUGAGCAAUAUCUGCAUUCUCAUGGACACCUUGAGGGCGAGGUUUAAGGAUCUCGACUUUGAGCCCAGUCGAAUAGUUGAUUCUACUAGUUAUCGACGCGAAUAUCUCAUGAUUAUGCUGAAGGCGGUACAGCUAAUUAUUUGUGAAGAGGACUGGGUAACAAUGAAGAUGUUCAAAAUAGUUGAAACAAACCGAAUGGAAGCGUUCAACCAUGACCGUUUAAAACAGAAUUGCCUUGGACAACAAUUAUUACGACUCGGUAUUCGUCGGCGGAGUGAACGAGAAGUCGUGCGAGAGUUGUCUGUUUGUAAUGGGAAUUCGAAAAAAGCUUUGAUAGACAAAUUAUUGGCUGUUAUGAAUAUGUGGAAUAUGAGGGCGACUUUGUUUGACCUCAUGCUGAUGAUCAAGGAGAUUUCUCCUGAAGGAGCACAAAAACACGCACAGCAAAGCGCUAUAGCAGCCGAUGCUCUUAUGGGAGAAAUUGGAAAAUGUUGCCGUGAUUUGUUUACUAAUGCCCACAAGGAAGGGAUGCAACUUUCUUCAGCUAUUUUAGGCCGCGAGUUUCGUUUCCGCCAUGUUACUAAUUUCUGGCUAAUUGCAUUGUUGGUUCGACUGUGUCCCCAACCAAGCAAUGUACCAAAUCAGUUUAAUCACAUGACGGUAUCUGGUAAAUUUCUAAAGGAAGCGGCGUCUAUGCUGGACACCGCGAAUGACAGCUCAAAGGAGAGAAUUCAGCAAAGCGCUUGGUUGCUUUCUCAACAACCUUUUUUGAAUCUGGUGCUAGCAUGUCUAAAGGGAGAAGACUUCCAGCCAAACAAGGAUCUUUUGGUGUCCUCGCUUUACAAGCAGCUCCUAGAUCUUACCAGCAAAACCAAAGAAAAUCCUGCUUUGCCGCUCAUGGAGAAGUUUUCGGCUGAACGGGAAGGUCUGCUGCUUCGCUUGUCAUUAGUGGGCGGAAUUUUCAAGCAGAUCUGUCAACCACAACACAGUGAGGGGUGGUCGCAUUUGUUUUUCCAGAUGAUGUUGUAUGGUAUGGUAUCACCAGACAAGGACAGCGUGGAUGAAGUUGGUGGUGCUGCAGUUGGUGACGAGAUCGCAUUAGUUCCUAAACAGUGGGAGACCAGCAAGACCGUGUUGUUGUAUAAAAAGGGAGAUCCACAUGACAUCGGCAACUAUCGCCCCAUCUGCCUACUGUCCGUCAUCUACAAGCUCUUUACAAGAGUAAUCCUUAAUAGGAUUGAAAAAGUCUUGGAAGAAGGACAGCCAUGCGAGCAAGCAGGGUUUCGAAAAGGAUUCAGCACGAUUGACCACAUUCACACUGUUUCGAAACUCAUCGAGGUAUCACGAGAGUACAAGAUGCCGCUCUGUCUCACCUUCAUCGACUUAAAGAAGGCCUUCGACUCAGUUGAGACGGAAGCGGUCGUGGAAGCCUUGGACAACCAAGGUGUCCCUACUCAGUACAUAAAGGUACUUCGAGAGUUGUACAGUAACUUCACGACCGGAAUUUCGCCAUUCUACAAGAACAUCAUCAUUGACGUGAAGAGGAGGGUCCGACAGGGUGAUACAAUUUCACCCAAAAUAUUCACAGCCACCCUCGAGAACGCAAUGCGAAAGUUGGAAUGGGACGACAUGGGAGUGAAGGUUGAUGGUCGGCAGCUACACCAUUUCUGCUUUGCGGAUGACAUCGUAUUGAUAACACCUAGCACCAGCCAAGCGGAGCGAAUGCUGACUGAAUUCGACGAAACAUGUGGAUGCAUCGGUCUUCAGCUGAAUCUGGACAAGACGAUGUUCAUGCGGAUCGGAUGGGUCUCGGAUGCCCCAUUCACGUUCAACGGAAGGAACAUAUCCGAAUGCACCAUCUACAUUUAUCUGGGUCGGGAACUGAACAUGGUGAACGACCUGACCCCGAGCUGGGCAGGAGGAGACGAGCGGCUUGGGGAGCGUACAAGAGCAUCGAGGAUGUAA